AAAAACAGUUGAUUGAACCUGGUGUACCCCCCAAAAAAUAAAAAAAUAAAAUAAAAAAAAAAAAAGAAACAAGUAGUAUAGGAUUUCACUAAGGGUUGGCUUUCUCCCCAUACAUAAUCACAGAUUAAGAGAAGGCGCAAGAUACCUCACAUCAUUUCAAAAAGGAAUCUCAAUAUCUAGAAUCUAAGUGCUGUGUGGGUAAACAAAAAUGACUCAAACCCACUAGAACAGAGUUCUUGGGAAACCCCGAAUGACACUCCCACUAUCCUAGCCCUCAUUGUCCCCAGGUGGCUCAGUGAUCCAACAGGGUAUAGAUUAACUGUUAAGAAAAUAAUCACUAUUUUGAUAAAUGUAAACAGAAUUUAAGAAGCACAAAGUACAAUGACUGAUGGGUUUUAAAAAAGUCUUUUGAUAUGUAAUCAAUUCCUCUUAUACAAAGGCAAUAAAGAGGCAGAAUGGUAGAGAAUUAAGUUAAAAAACAUAUAGCAAAAUAGCAUGCCAACAAGCCUGAACUUUAUUCAUUAGCCUAGGCGCAUCCAGCACUGAAAAGACUCAGGAUGCAAAAGGAUUUGCUAGAGUUUUAACAAUAUGAGUAGUAAGUCAAGAAAUGUUAUAAGCAAUAAAGAAGCAAUGAAAUACGAAUCUGGAGCAAGAAACUGUAAAGGAUAUCUAAAAACUCAAUUGUACGAACUUGUGUCAGAUAUAUAAAUUUCUCUAUUUCCACUUCUGCCACUUCCCUAAGCAAGAGAAUCCCGUACUGGGUCUGGCUCCCGCCCCCUCCCGCUGCUGCGAAUCCAAGCCUGGCUAGGGCAGUCUACCGCAGCGGACACCGCAAGACAUCUCGCAACUCACCAACCAGGCAGGACAAGGACCUGCUCGGGCCCGUAUCCAGACUGAUGCUCAGGCGUUUGUCCGGCUUGAGCUCUACCCCGCCCUCACUUACCCAGGGGGCCUUUCCCCGCGGCCUUCGCUUUUAGCUCCUCGAGUUUUUUUUGCUCCUCCUUCUGUUUCUGCUUGAAUGCCUUAUCUUCCUAGGGAGAGGGAGAGAGGAUUCACUCCCGGGGAAUUUCCCAGUCCCUCUGCGCCCGCCCACGCCUCUGCGCCCGCCCUCACCUCAUCCAUCUCCUUGGCUUGCUUCUUGGGCUGCUUCAGGGGCUUCUUCUUGCCACCUGCGUGCGACAUAAGCACGCUCAGCCUGGCCCCCGCCAAGUCCCGUCCCUCUCCGCCCCGCCCUACCCCGUCGUCCCUGCACACCUACCUUCGCGGCCCGACAUGGCGACUGCCGCCCCUUCCCCAAACCCGGCCACCGGAAGCGGAGCUCCCCGUCCCACCCCCGCCUAUACCUCCGCGCGGGCCCGCUGAUUGGCUCCUGGUUCGGAAGUUUUGCUCCCGUUGCCGGAAGCGGUCCUCCGGAGGCGGGCACUAAAGGGUCAGAGAUCAACUGAGUGACAGGCUUUCCCUUGGGGUUGCGGCUUCAGCUCAAGAGUACACCAGGUCGCCCUUCAGAUUUUAGAUGACUUCAAGCGCUGUUCCACUUUGUCUCUGCCAGGAACAUCUUCCCUUUACUGGUUGAUGGGCCUGUGAGACAUCUAAAUGGGGAGGAGCUGGGAGACAGGCUGGAGUGGGAGGCUGAGAGGAGGGACUAGAGUGGAGGAACAACUUGGGAGUCAUUGGUUUGUCCCCUCACAAAGCCAAGUCCCUGCUGUCUCCAAGCUUAUGUUCUGAUGUGGGGCAAGGCAACACAUGAAGAAGGAAACGUGUGUCUGAUGGAGAAAAAGAAAGCAGCUCAGGUUUUUGCCAGGAGGCAUGCCCUUACCCAACCAACUUUGUUUUCAAGAGGGUCUAAGCUUCCGCAAGCAUGGCACCAUGUGGAGGAGGCUGGAUGCUCAUCACCUUACCCAGGAAGCUCCUUUCUUUAUCUCCCGAUGACAGGGUGCAGCCCUGUGUUGGCCAUGCGGCACGUCGUGGGUAUAUCUCCUGUAUUGGUGCGGAGAGGCCUUCUUGGAAGGGACCUCUUUAUGACCAGGACUCUCUGCAGCCCAGGCCCCAGCCAGCCCAGAGAGAAAAGACCUGAGGAGGUGGCCCUUGGGCUGUACCACCGCCUCACAGCGCUGGGAGGAGCCCUGGGGCACAGCAUUCGGCAACGAGCAUCCUCCACAGCCAAGACUUGGUGGGACAGAUAUGAAGAGUUUGUUGGACUCAAUGAGGUUCGAGAAGCCCAGGGAAACGUGACUGAGGCAGAAAAAGUGUUCAUGGUGGCUCGAGGUCUUGUCCGGGAGGCUCGGGAGGACUUGGAAGGUCAGCAGGCCAAGCUGAAGGAGGUGAGGGACCGCUUGGACCGCAUCUCCAGAGAUGAUAACCAGUACCUGGAACUGGCUACUCUGGAGCACAGGAUGCUGCAGGAGGAGAAGAGGCUUCGUAUGACUUAUUUGCGUGCUGAAGACUCAGAGCGAGAGAAGUUCUCCCUUUUCUCUGCAGCUGUGCGGGAAAGUCAUGAGAAGGAGCGCACUCGGGCUGAGAGGACCAAGAACUGGUCCCUUAUCGGGUCCGUCCUGGGGGCCUUGAUUGGUGUGGCUGGCUCCACCUACGUGAACCGUGUGCGGCUGCAGGAGCUGAAGGCCUUGCUUCUGGAGGCUCAGAAGGGGCCCGUGAGCCUCCAGGAAGUUAUCCGAGAACAGGCGUCCAGCUACUCUCUCCAGCAAAAGGACCUCCAUGACCUCAUGGCAGACCUGAGGGGCCUGGUGCAAGCCGGGCCUGGGCAGAGCCCUUUGUCCCAGGAAGGUACUUCCCCAACCCGAGACGGAGACACAGAUGUCCUUUCAGCUGCCUUGAGAGAGCAGCUCAGCCAUUCCAGGCAGGUCCAUUCAUGUCUAGAGGGUUUACGAGAGCAGCUUGAUGGCCUAGAAGAGACUUUGAGCCAAGUGGCUGGGGUGGUUCAGCUUGUAAAGGCUGCAGCACACCCAGGCCUGGUGGAGCCAGCAGACGAGGCCCUGCCUGGCUCCUUGCUCGAACAGGGGAGCAUGGUCUUGGCGCUGUCGGACACGGAGCAGAGGCUAGAAGCCCAGGUCAACAGGAACACCAUCUAUGGCACACUGGUCACCUGUGUGACAUUUGUGGCCGUCCUGCCUGUGCUUUAUAUGCUGUUCAGGGCCAGCUAGCCCCCGGCCCCUCCUCCAGAGGGAGGAGGUAUUGAUGUGGAUUUAGUUAGAGAAGGAAGCAAUGAAGUGAGCCUUUGGGUUGACUCAACCUCAGCCUGAGUCUGUGUGGCUCACCAGCAGACAUACUUUGCUUUUUAGGCAGCAUUCAUUUACAUUAACUGUUGAAAAUAUUUGUGCUAAUGUCCAAUUAAAAUGUCUUUAAGUUUGUCUUAUUUAAA